AUGAACUCGUCACAUUCGAUUUGGAAUGAAAAUCCGUAUGUGUAUACAACUAUAAAACGUUUGUACUCUGCAAUUGUGACAAUCAUUUAUCCAUUCGCUCAUUAUUGUGUUCUCGUCAAGUCUCCGAAAAGUUUUGGAUUUUUGAAAUGGGUUAUUUAUUGGCAUUGUUUUUGGGUCACUAUUGAAUGGUUAUCCAACGCCUUCCUAAUUGACAUAUUGGAUUAUCAACCAUCAAACAUAAUUCGAAUCGAUGGAUACCUGAAUCGGAUAUUCGAUCCAGUGUUUUUGUAUCACGUUUACAAUGUCAUUGAAGCAAUAGCCGCCACAUCUGCCCUUAUACUUUUCACUAGUAGGCUUCUGAUGAUAGUCAACAUGUAUCGUACAUACUUAUCAUGUCGUCGAAUUGCAUGUGAGUCGCUCAUUUAUCUAGUUGUUUCGCUUUUCGGGCUAUGGUCGAUACCUCUGUCUAUUUGGCAAGUGCCGAAUCAACAUUCUGAGAAAUUGCAGAUUAUGCAGAGAGAGGAGUUCUACCCGGAUUGUUUAUGGGACCCAACGUGUGUAGCAGUUAGUGGAGGUGAUAAAAAUAGUGAACACCUCUUUUCAAUACUCACCAUCCUGAACUGGGUAUUGAUUGGAAUCGCCAUUGUUGUAUCUGCAAAAGUUGUGUUCAUCUUGCUCGCGAAACGAAUGGUCAACGAAUCGGAAGCCACCAAAAAGAUGCACAAGAAGUUCAAUCAACGAACUAUCUUUCAAGCAAUCCUAUACCUCUCUUUUGCAUGUAUCCCAUUUUCUGUGUUGUAUUUAACUAUUCUCCUUAAUGUUCGUAUAACUGGAAUCACCUAUGUUAUAGAUUUCGCUUCUGAGAAUCAUCCUACUGCGUGUGCAUUUUCGUUGUUCUUGUACUACGAUCCUUAUCAGAAUUAUCUUUUUGAAGUUGUGAGGUGGAAGAAGAGGGUGGGACCGGAGAAACGGUCAGGAAUAGCAGACAAGUCGACGUUGUUUUAA